UUGGAGUUUAGUUGGGAGAGAAUUUUAUAACUCGUUUAGGUGAAUGAUCACAUUAUCCAAACAAUGGGAUAUGGUACAUACGUGGCAGUUCCCUAGUGGAGAAAACGAUAGAGUCGACUUUCUCAAGAUCAGAUAAUUCUCUUAGCACAAAACACAGAGAAAAUCCAAUUCAUUCAAGGCCUCUCAAUCUUUCUUCUUUCUUUUCUUCAAACUGUUCUGCAGCACUUGCACAUUUCCAUCUGUUACAGAGACAGAAAGAGAGUGGACAUGGCUAGCUGCAGCAUGGCAUCAGCUGCUUCAGGGUUCUUGAUGACGCCCAAUAUCAAGGGGAAUGCAAACUCAGCUUCUAAGAGCAACAUGGUGGUUUUCCCUUCAAAGAACAACAACAGUUCAAGGCUUGUUGUGAAGGCAGCAGCUGAGGAGGCUGCAGCACCAGCUCCAGCUACCACCACUGCAGCACGAGAAGGAGGUGAAGCCCCUAAGCCUAAGCCACCACCCAUUGGACCAAAAAGAGGCACCAAGGUCAAGAUUCUUAGAAGGGAGUCCUACUGGUACAAUAGCUAUGGAUCAGUUGUUGCAGUUGACCAGGAUCCCAAGACUCGCUACCCUGUUGUUGUUCGAUUCAACAAAGUUAAUUACGCCAAUGUAUCUACGAACAACUAUGCAUUGGAUGAGAUUGCAGAAGUUAAAUGAGUCAUUGUAGCAUUUGUAAUUUUGGUUUUCAAGAUCAUAUUGUCUUCCCCUCUUCCCCUGCCCUCUAGCUUGAACUUGUUUGUGACAAAAACGUGUAUCAUAUUAUCAUGUUCUCUCCUGAUGAUUUCUUCCAGUCUUAUUUUCCUACCUAUGUUUCAAAGACUGACGAUUUAUGAUGAGA